AUAUUGAUGUUCAUUAUCGAGCACGCCAAGGAAGAACCAGCCUUCUUCUGUUCCACCUCCUCCGAAUACUCAGACAGUCAUUGUGACCAUGAGGAAUACGCCUUCUUGUCGCAUUCUAACUGUAGGCCCGACGCUGGAUGUGUCGGUGAACCUCGUACAACAGAUUCAACGAUUGUCUCAACCACCGUCAACUUCUGAUGACUCUAUUUCAUCUCUUAUAUCGAACGAAUCCGAAAAACAUUUCCCGUGGACAAUUUCGAAUAAAUAUUACACUGCUGAGGUCCAUUUCGUGGCUCGGCAGAUCAAGGGCCUUGCACCCUAUCAUUUGCAGGAAAUCCCUGCGUUAAUAUUCGUCUGGGAAAAAGGAGAGACUUACAAGCAUCAUAUCCAUCGGCUCUCUAAAGACCUCGGUGGCUCAGAACCGGAAGUUUCUUUGGCUGUACGCGUUCCGGCCUCUGCAGCGCCUUCCGAAGAACACAAGGAAGACGAGGAUGAGGCUCUCGAAGACGCUAAUGCCGUUGACUGAAUUCCUCUCGUCCCAUGGCUUUGAGUUCGUUGAUGCCUCUGGCGGAGAACACACAGAAAAUACAGAGGAGCUUGAAGGCAUUUCGGACGGUAUCCCCUCUCUACCUCGUGUUCUUGAUGCAUUGAGCACCAUCAUGUGGCCUUCUAUGCAAGCGUCUCAAAAA